UUAGUUUUUGAUAUUUUGAUUGUUGUUUUUCCUAACAUGUUUGUUUCUUCUUGUUUUGUUGUGUUUCUAACGUUUUAAUUUUUGCUUUGUGCAUCAGAAUUUGCAAUAAGGAAAUUUAGUAAACAUCGGAACACCUCGGCUUCGGCACUUCCACCUUUCUUUGGUCGUCUAGGACGAAGUUCCAUACAGCUACCUAACGUCGUCGUGGACAUUGCGCAGGACGGUCACCUAGAUGAAGACGUCGGUGUAUUCUAUGGGAAGUUUCCCACCGUCGCUGCCCUGAUGUCAAUCAGAGAAGAUAGACACAACAGGACAAAAUCUAACGAUUCAACGGUGGUGAACUCUGAUGUCUUGUCUACUAAGAUACUAGGACUGUCUGAAAACAGAUUCCAAGAUCUCAAACAACAAGUGGUGAUCACGUUUGCAUACAAGAAUGCAAGUCUAAAGGAAUCGCUGCGAGAAACCUGUGUCUUCUUGAACAUGUCAGCUAUAUCAAGUUCAGACCGUUGGUCCACCAAUGGCUGCUACGUGGAUCCCGCCUCAAACGCUACUCACGCCAUCUGCCGGUGUAACCAUCUGACAAACUUCGCCUUGCUUAUGGACUUGUAUGGAACAUCGAAAGCUUUAGAUGAAACAAAUGAAACUGCUCUGUCAGCAAUCUCUUACGUCGGUGGAUGCCUUUCCAUCCUGGCCUGUGUUCUGUCUAUCGCCGUGUUUGAAUACUUCAGGUUGCGGAACGACAGAAUCAGGAUCCAUGAGAACCUGGCCGCGUCCAUUAUCUGUGUCCAGGUGGUCUUCCUAAUCGGGUUUGGCAGGGCCGAGAAGAAAGGUGGCAUUCCUCAAUGGGCCUGUAAAACGGUGGCCGUGUUGAUGCACUUCUUUUUGACGGCCAUGUUCUGCUGGAUGUUGGUGGAGGGGAUCCACCUGUAUGUGGCGCUCGUCAGGGUCUUCAAGAGAGGGAAUCACCUGAGGAAAUACCUGGGAAUUGGGUGGGGUGAGUACCGCCCUUCUGUUCUUUGUGAAUUGUAACUGCAAGCUACAAUCUGUCGGUCAUAUGAGCGAAUGCGAGUUAUGCUAUGGUUAGGCGCCUCUUUACAA